GUUGACGACCGUUGUGUCGAUACGAUGGUCAGGUUGGGGCCGCGACGGCUGCGGAUAGCUUCUCACGUCACCUGGUGCACUUCGGGAUCGCCGGCGGAGCAACGUAAGACAGUAGUAGCGUGUACGAGCGGACGAGCGUGGCGGCCGCGACCACGUACAAUAUAAUGACGCGUAAGAAGACAGCGAGGGCGAGCGCUCGGUCGUCGUCGGAAGCGGGCCAGUGACAUUCGGUCGCGCGCGCGGGGCCAGGGUCGGUCGUCCGCGUCAACCCCGGGGCGAGGGAAAGGCAGGCGAACGCGACAGACGGACGGACGUACGGGCGCGGGCGGGUGUGAGCGAACGAGUAGUAGUUGGCGAGUGGCUACACGCAGUAUGGGAAUAACCUGUCGGACAGCAGGCAGUGCUCCGAGCCGCCACGGAGUCUACGACGGAACGACGCCGACGUUCCCGUCAGGUCGGCGCACGGUGCACGAUGAUAUGAUAUAGUCCGCGGACCCUCCAGGGACUGACUGCGUCAAGACCAGAGCAAGAGCGUGAGAGACGCACCCAACGUCAUGUUUUAUCACCUGCAUCUCAGGAGUCGUCUUCUGCAGACACUGAUCCUCGCGCUGAUCGGCCUUACCUUCUACGCGUAUUACCGUACCACCGUGUACGAUGUCCGCCAGUUUAGCCUGCCACGAAACACCAAUCAUACCGUGUACCAAGAAGGCCUGCAUCUACAUAUGAAUCUCAGUGUGGACACACGGCUGACAGGAGCACCCAGAAACUCCAGCUCAGAUAAUGUGGCUCCAAGUCAGUAUACAGCGCACAGCGUGAAUAAUCUCUCGACCCUUCUCACGACGCUAUCGACGUCCUCCUCGUCAUCUUCUGCGAGCACGUCGGUCAGCUCGAAGCAAUCGAACGAGAAGCAAUCGGCCGUGCAAACGGUAAGGAUCAGCGUCAGCAACGCGACCAGGUCGUCGUCGGUCGUGGUGCGCAGUGAUUCCGCGCGCGCCAUAUACGAGACCGGGCACACGGUGCCGAUCCCGGAACGGUGUCCGAAUCUGGGCAAGGACAUGGAUCUAGUCGUGAUCGUAAUGUCCGCGCCGACGCAUCUCGACGCGAGGACGGCGAUCCGACAGACCUGGGGACACUACGGGCAACGUAGCGACAUGAGCGUGCUCUUCAUGCUCGGCACUACCAACGACCGUAAAGUCGAGACGAUCCUGCGCAAGGAGCAGAACAUGUACAACGACAUAAUACGCGGACGCUUCCUCGAUUCAUACUCGAAUCUCACUCUAAAGACUAUCUCGACGUUGGAAUGGGUGGGCAGUUACUGCCCGAAAGUGAAAUACCUACUGAAGACUGACGACGACAUGUUCAUCAACGUACCGCGACUACUCGCGUUCGUGAGCAAGCACGCAAGGGAUCGUAACGUGAUAUUCGGCCGGCUGGCCAGGAAGUGGAAACCCAUCAGGAACCGCAAGAGCAAGUACUACGUGUCGCAGGCGCAGUUCCAACAAUCGAUCUUCCCGGACUUCACCACCGGCCCAGCGUACUUGCUGUCGAGUGACACCGUGCGCCGGCUGUACGACGCCGCCUUGGACCAUACGUACCUGAAGCUCGAGGAUGUGUUCAUGACCGGUAUCGUCGCGCACAAACUCGGCAUCAAGCGCUCGCACGCCAAUGAAUUCCUGAACAAACGCAUACCAUACACCGCCUGCAACAUUCAACGUGGCAUCAGUAUACACAUGGUCAAGUACAGCGAGCAGUUCGACCUCUGGAAAAAGCUGCUGGACGGCAAGAGCAAGUGCAAGUGAUAAUCGAGGCCGGGCGAAGGUCCUACGCUUGACCCUGGCAAACCAAGUGGUACGAUCGUUACCGCCUAAUGCGACUCGAGUGCCCGGUUAACACGCUGGCUCGCGAGACCAGCCAUCAUAUACAUACGCAUACAUCCACCCACCCAUACACAGGCACACACACACACGCGCGCGCGCGCGUGUGUCGAACACACUUCGCUCAAAGCGCGAACUCGGUGACACGCAUAAAGAGUGGUAAUUGCAAGAGUGCACCGCGAAACGAGAGAGACGUAGACGAUUUCGUCGCUUAGAUUUUCACACGACCCGCGCGCGUAAGCCGUAUGACUUCGCGAUUCUGCCUUCUCCCACAGGGGUCGGAACGACGGGAGCGGUAAUAGCUUCAUACGCCGGAAGGAUCGCCGAGAUAUCGUGGCUGAAUCCUUGUGUCUCGCAUUCCUCUUACGUUCCCUCAAAUUCCAAAGAAGUAUUUUUUCGUAAUCGUUACGUAAAGUUGCGUUAGAAAUUAUGAAAUUAUUUUGUAAUAUGUAGUGAUUUCUCUCUUUUCCAACAGCCUCUCUCUUUCUCCGUCUGUUGCGGCAAAUCAAGUCGGAUCUCUCACGAAAAGAUUUCGCAAUUUUCUUCGAUCUCUGGCCGCCGUUUCUUCUUUCUCCUCUUUAUUUAUCAUGUCGUGGUACUAAAGUGUUUGCGGAUAUGCAUCGCAUGCUUCCGCCGCGUCAGCUCAGCGGCGGAUGUGCGUGUCCAAUUGUCAGCUUGUAUUUAUGCGAAUCUUAUCCUGCGUGUUGGUGCCGCACGAAGCGAGAUCAGACAGCUGUGCGUGCAGUGCGUUAAAUGCACCAGUAUAAGAUACGCGCGGUCCGAUAUUUUUACGCUGUAGUGUAGGAGGAAAACGCGUGCUCUUCCGCGCGGGGAAUAUCGCUCGCUACAUGAGAUUCCCAAGGGAGGGCUCCUUCGUGUAAUCGGCAGCCUCGUUAUAAUCGACGUCGAUUGCCACGUGCACGUGUAGCCGUCGACAUUCAGUCCGUGGUAUAAUCAGGUCAAAGUAACAAUAUCUCGCAAGAUGUAUCGGGUAUCGCGCGCACUUUCUCCCGACGAACAACUCUCCGGCGAAUUUGGAGCCGAUGUUUCCAGGCGGAAAGUUCAGCCUUAAACGCGCUCUGUUAUUUGGCAUUUAAGUGGCGCUUGACGAAUUACGCUUUAAUAGCAUCCGUGAAUUUCAUACUCGAUCAAUAUACCGCGCGCAAUACUCACAUUCUCUCUACCUUUCUCUCUAACAGAUAUUAAAGUCGUUAAAGUUUAGUCAGCCAGGAUUACUGCCGAGUAACACAUAAAGGUACCUUGUUUGAUUCCCGGGGAGAAAUAAAAAUCGAAUUCGUCGUGCUCGUCGAGGGUACCUAAGAGUCGCGCAAAGCUCCGCUGCGCUCCGACCAAGUGGGGUAAUUGAGAUUACACAUUUUGUGCGAACGUGACAACGCGAUAAGUCGCAGUCAACUGCGCGCGAAUCUUCUCUCUCCCGAAUAUAUUAUCUAGUCAUCGUUCUAGAUAAUACGUCGCGCGCGCGCACGAUAACGCGGACGUGAAUGCUGUGAAGCUCUAUACACGAUAUCGACUAUCCUCUGCGCCUCACACUCUUCCCCGUUAUAUCUCACACUCUCGUUAUCGCACUACUUCUUUGUAUCCUGCGGAAAUAUCGCAUAUAUGUUUCCGUUCUCGGUGCCAUAUGUCUGAAGCCCGAUAACAGAUUUUUAGGCCUACGGCGCGAUAAAGUGUAAAAGAAACGGAAGCCGAAAGCGGGGCCGAAACGAAGCUAUUCCUGGUGAAUGGAAUUGCCGCUGGCUAUUGUUUUCUGUUCUUUUCUCUUCUUUUAAACGAAUAUUACGAUCAAUAGCUGUCGCCCCUCGAUGAAUUUUCGAUAAUUAUCGAAACGUUUGGUCGGCACUCUGACAGCUACUCUACUCAACCUUCUCUCCUGAUUUUCAUUACCGCCAGAAUGGUAUAUUCGUAUUUCGAUAGUGUUUUAUAAAUAUACACUUUUUUAUUAGAUUAUAAGUACGUAAUAUUUCAUGAGGGAGUCAUUCCUAUGCACUUCUACAUUGUCUCAUUACCCAUCGGCCUCGGUUAACUAUUUUUAUAUCUCAUCGCGUCCAGGAGCUUAUGUACACGUUGUGUUCCUAUAUUGCGCGACGCGCUUUCCAAAAGUGCAUUAUUUUUUGAAUUAUUAUCAUAGUCGCUUUUAUCUCGUACGCUGCUCCUUCAUACCUUCACACACUCUUUAUUAAAUUAUUUAAGAAAUUUACAUCACAUUGAGUAUCCUAUAUUUUUAGAGCUUUUUAAAAUUAUUUAAUCGAAGAUAAAUGUAAAACGUUUAAAAAUUAUGAGAAACAUACAUUUAUUUAUUUAUUUAUUUAUUUUUGUAAGAGUUUAUGUCCUUUCGGAUGUAGUAUGAUUUUCGCAUCCUGCGUGUAACCACCAAAUCGAGCGUUCUAUUCGUGUUAAGAAUGAAAAUGGAGCUAAUGAGGUGUCACUUGACACUUCAGUUGCUGCUUUUAAGAAUUGCCAUCGUAGAAAGCCGACCAUUGGUGGAUUCGAUUGUCAAGCCAACGCUAAACGAGUCGUUAAACUUUUGCAGUUAAUCAAAGCCGUGCCUCGUCCAGCGAAUUUGAUCUUACAAUCGAAUCGAUUCCGAUUCUUGUCCAAUAGGUUGAAGGAGGAGUGCAUCUUUCUGUAUUAUCCGUUUUUCCUCGAGAGAAACGCCCGUGCGAAUCACGCGCGAGUCGCGAGUUAACGAGUCCCGAAGAUCAGGCCAAGGCUCCUUGCGAGCUCAUUGCGACUGCACGCCACACGCACUCCAAUUGUGUCCUUGGCACGUAUUCCGACCGGCACGGCGCGUCCAAGUACGAGGUAAAGGGACUGCUUUAACCGCGGUGAUCGUCGAUUACGCGAACGAUCGAAACGAAGGAUCGUUCCAUCCUGAUUGCGAUGCGAUGCGAUGCGAUGCAAUCGCGAAUGGAGAACGCAAACGGCGAGCGGAUCUCUCCGACCGAGCCUGACGAGAGAGAAGUGACACGAUCAAAGUGACCUAGUCUGUAGUAUUUCGCCGAUCACACACGAAAGGUCGAGAGAAAUUUUCCGAAAUGUAACUCCCUCCUCCGAUCGUCUCAUCAAAAGAAAAUCGCUCAAGAGAUCGACUCCGCGAGAGAUAGUAGAAUAAUAAGAUAAAUGAUCAGGGGUCGCCAUGAAUACAAUGAGAAACUAAUUUAGCGACCAGUUUAUGAUUCAUGAGCGGUUACGCUGCGCUAAAGAAGAAAUGACUUGGCUCACGCAACGUCCGUCUAUCUGCCGUGCGCCAAGUCGGACAUUGAAAAAUCAAAGUUUGCAGGGAAUCGUGCGGAGAUCGCCGUUCGUAAGCAAAUAAUUUCUGGGAUUGAUAGAGAUUGAUAUUUCCUCUGGAAGCUCUGCGCGAUAAUUAAAUCUCGCGGAUUUACACAGUAAUAGCGCGCAGAGAAAUUCUGCACGAGAGAAUCGGCCAGUGAACAUGUAUCGUCACCGAAAAGUCAAAAUCUCGAAUUUCGAAAAGUGGAACAGUUUCUCCGAAAGUCACGAUUCCGAUGUCUCGGAAUCUUUGAAAAUUUGAGAAACAGCUUUCUCAGAGUACAUCGGAAACAUUCAAUUACCUCGAAAAGUUAUGAUGUCAAAAACUGUAUUUUACAUUGUCUCGCGCGCGGUAUUUCGACGGAUUAUGACUUUUCGGUUCUCUCAUUGCUCUCUUCGGAUUAUCCGACUUUUCAAACCUCGACACGUUGCUUUCUUUCCCCGGGACAAUGCAUGUCCAUUGAUCGGGCGUAUCGCGAGCCAAAUCACGGUAAACGACGAUAUUUAGCCAAAAAUUCGAGUUAGACUCUUUUAGUUGCAGCCGACACGAGAUAGCGAAACGUACUUACAUAUUCUAGAUUUGCAGUAUUGUACUAAUAUGUAUCUACGUAUGUAAUACACGCGCGCGUCUCCCCCGCUCACGAUAGAUUGCACGUCGCACGAUCCACUGCGUCCGGAGAUAACAAUUGUCAUUCGUAACGCGCGAUCGCGCGACGGAUAAUAAUUUAUUUCCAUUCCUCUUUCUCUCUCUCUCCCUUUCUCUCUACCUUUAGCUUAGGUGAGCUGAGUGCCCUAGAUGAUGUGCAUUUUAUUUUUGUAUGCGUCUACAUAUAUAAUAAUAAUAAUGAUAAUGAUAAUAUGUAUAUUAUGCGAGUGUCUGCAACCACAUGGAUAUGUGAUUAAUUGACGUGUGGUUAAUUGUUACUGUACGUUCACUUAGUAUCACGGAGUCGGAAGAGCCGCGAGCGUCAAGAAUCGCGAAGCAUUCUAAUCAUCUGGUUCGAAUCUUGCCGCGUUUCACCCUUCGUGCUCGAAAGGAUUUUUAUUUUUUCCCCCUCUUAGGGGCGUAGCGUUUUGCAUAAGAGCGAGCGGCGAGCGAGAGUUAGAAAUGCAGCGAACCGUCUUACGAGAGAGAGAGAGAGAGAGAGAGAGAGAGAGAGAGAAAAUUGCGCGAGAUAACGGUGCGACGUUUAAUUCCGCUCGCAGCUCAUCGUGAAUUAUCCGUCGUUUAAUUUAUCCAUGUGUAGCGACGUUUAUUUAUGGAAAAAGAAUAUAUUUGUAUUUUUUUGCAAAAUUGCGAAAAAUCUGGGCGCGAAAAAAAGCAAACGAGUGGACAUUCCUCGUCGGCUCACACUAUUACGCUUAUACGCGCAAUGCACGCAACACGCAUUGCGAAAUGUGACGCAAUUCGCGUAGAACAUCCGGUUCGCGCUAAUAAUACAUAAGAGUCAAUGAAAUUAACAGUUCUUAUGUUGCAAAACAAAAUGUUGCAAAGUGAAUGGGUGAAUUGUGAAUACGUACGUAUCAGACAUACAGAAGUUAAUUGCGAUAUGAAACUUCCGACUGUAUAAAAAAAUAUCAGAUCAAACAUCGUAAAAUUCGAAGUCCAUGACGAAGAAGAAAAAUAUGGAAAAGAGGCAGUAACAUCGCUCAUAGACAUCGUGUUUUACGAAAUUUGACUCCUCUUGUCUGUAUACUUCAUUCUAUAUCGUAUUGGCUCUUAUUAGCCGUCACUUGAAAAAUAAACUUAUUUUCUAGUGAAAAAGGAAUCGAGUGAAACAAACCAUCUCGUCUCGAGGUUGCGCAAAUUUAAUCUUAGAAACUACUCAAAGAAUCUAGUCAAACUGAAUAUAAAAAUUCAAGUUAAAUGAACGGUCUGACGUAGGAAUUUGAACUACAAAAUUUAAUCAGUGAUGAGCAAUUCACAAAAACGAAAUAUAUUUUCAGAUGUUCAUUAAAUAUUAGACUAAAUUUUGAGCUUGUUUCACACAAACAAGGGAUUAAAGGAAGACGAAUAUUUUGCUAAAGGAAUUAUGUCAGUUGGUUCGUUAUGCGCAACUCUGAAAUUGAAUUCGUUUAUCCCGAUUCCAGUUGUUUCGACGAAUCUUUUUUCAUAGUGUGUAUCCGUUUCGUAGUUAUCUAAAUUUAACAUUUUGGUGACUCAAAUGCCUCGCGAAAAAUUGCGCGACGCCAUGUAAAGGAUCUUUAUCGACGCUGAUACAAGCGUUAUUAAUCAUCGUAUCUCUAAUUAAGGGAGAUUAAUGUUUGUUCCCAUGAUACGACCAUUUUUACCAUGUACUAUCAUCAUCACAUAGGAGAUUACGUAUGACAUUUUCAGUUGCGAAGCGAAUAACAAGGAGGAACACUUGGAAGGCUGUAUCCGCAUUUUACGCACAUUUCUCGCGCCCGCAGGUCGGACGAUUCUUCAUUUUUCGCGUAACUUCAUUCUCACCUUUGGCGAACGUGUAUAAACUGUUCGUUGUUCGAUAUUUAGCGCGAAAGAUCGAAUCGCCCAGGCCUGGAGGAAGCUCGAAAAACGAGCGCGGUCUGAACGUCACGUGUCAUUGUACGGCGAACGUUUCAGAUCGCGCGCGCGUUCUGGAGAGCUUCGUGUGUAUUUUUUAUUUCCAGAGAUAUUUAUAUUGUACUACACAGAUAUGACAAGUGCUCAACCAUCGUUUGAAGAAUAUAGAUUCUUUGCUCACA